AUCGUUGGCUCUAAGUCUCAUCGUGAAAUCGGAUUCGAUACUCUUCAGAGUCUUCAGUUAGAUUCUAGUACAAGGAUGCUUAGCUUUGAGGAAGGAUGGUCUUGCAUGCAGGAAGGUAUUACCAAGAUGACAAAAAUUUUAGAAGGAGAGCCUGAACCACAAUUUACACCAACGCAAUAUGUGGAUCUUUACACGACUGUCUACGAUAUGUGCACCCAGAAAUACUUUGAUUACUCACAGCAGCAUUACGAAAAGUAUCGCCAAGUAAUUGAAGAUUAUACUAUCCAAACUGUGUUGCCGUCUUUAAGGGAGAAGCAUGGUAAUGAUAUGUUAGAAGAGCUUAUUAAGAGGUGGAAUAACCAUAAUAUUAUGGUUAAAUGGUUAGCAAGAUUCUUCGAAUAUAUUGAACGUUUCUAUAUCCCUCGGCUAUCCCUUUCACCACUGAAAACAGUUGGUUUGAUAUGCUUCCGCGACCUGGUUUAUCGUGAGAUGCACUCCACUGCCAAAGAAGCUGUAUUAGCACUUAUUCAUAAAGAACGGGAGGGCGAAAAGAUUGAUAGGGAACUAGUGAAAAGCGUGUUAGAUAUCUAUGUGGAAAUUGGGAUGGGAAAUUUGGAAAAAUAUGAAGAGGAUUUCGAAAGCUUCAUGGUUCAAGAUACUGCAUCUUACUAUUCUGGCAAAGUGUCAAGGUGGAUCCAGGAGGAUUCUUGUCUUGAUUUCAUGCUAAAGUGUGAUGAGUAUCUAAAAAAGGAGAAAGAGAGAGUCACUCACUACCUCCAUUCAAGCACUGAACCCAAACUAGUUGAGGCAGUGAAAGAUGCAUUUGAGAUCUUAAAGAAGGAUGGAGGAAAUGAGAAGCUCAAGUGUUACCCUUAA